CGCGGCCCCUCCUCGCCCGCCUGACGCCUCCCCCGGCCGGGCGGCCAUGGCGGCUCCGCGGCGCGGGCCCGGCGCGAUGGCGGGGCCGGGGCCCGGGCCGGCCCCUCCGCGCCUGGCGCUGGCCCUGGCCCUGCUCGCCGCGCUGGUGGCCGUCAAGUACUACCGGGACGCGGAGGCGGCGCGGCAGCAGGAGCUGGCUCUGAAGUCCUUGGGGAAUGAGGGGCUGUUCCUCUUCUCCUCCCUGGACACCAACAAGGACCUGUACCUGAGCCCAGAGGAGUUCAAACCCAUCGCUGAGAAGCUCACGGGGGUUGCUCCAGUCCCAGAACCUGAGGAGGAGGUGCUGGAUCCAGAUGGGGAGACUUUGUCCAUCGUGGCCAAAUUCCAGCCCUUGCUCAUGGACACCAUGACGAAGAGCAAGGAUGGUUUCUUGGGAAUUUCUCAUGUGGCUCUGUCUGGGCUCAGGAACUGGACAGCCCCAGCAGCCCCUAGGAGUGUCCUGCUUGCCAGGCAGUUCAAAGCCUUUCUGCCUCCUAAGGAUAAUCUGGAUCUUGGGGAUCCCUGGUGGAUAAUUCCCAGCGAGCUGAACAUCUUCACCGGCUAUCUCUCCAACAACAGGUUUUACCCUCCACCUCCCAAGGGCAAAGAGGUGAUCAUCCACCAGCUGCUGAGCAUGUUCCACCCGCGGCCCUUCGUCAAGACGCGCUUUGCCCCGCAGGGAGCCGUGGCCUGCAUCCAGGCCAGCAGCAGCUUCUACUACACCAUAGCGUUCCGGAUCCACGCUGAAUUCCAGCUGAACGAGCCACCAAACUUCCCCUUCUGGUUUUCCCCGGGGCAGUUCACAGGUUACAUUGUCCUGUCCAAGGAUUCUUCCCACGUCAGGGACUUCAGGCUCUUUGUCCCUAACAACAGGUCCCUGAACGUGGACAUGGAGUGGCUGUACGGGGCGAGCGAGAGCAGCAACAUGGAAGUGGACAUUGGAUACCUGCCUCAGAUGGAGCUGGAAUCCACAGGGCCCUCGGUGCCCACGGUGAUCCACGAUGAGAACGGGCAGGUCCUGGCCAGCAGGGACCCCUCGGGGGAGCCCAUCCAGUUCGUGUUCGAGGACAUCACCUGGCAGCAGGAGAUCCCCUGGCAGGAGGCAGCCCACAGGCUGGAAGUGGCCAUGUAUCCAUUUAAGAAGAUCUCCUACCUGCCCUUCACAGAAGCCUUUGAGAGAGCACGAGCAGAGAAGAAGCUGGUGCACUCCAUCCUGCUGUGGGGUGCCCUGGACGACCAGAGCUGCUGAGGUUCGGGGCGAACUCUCCGGGAGACCGUCCUGGAAAGUUCGCCCAUCCUCGCCCUGCUGAACGAGAGCUUCAUCAGCAGCUGGUCCCUGGUGAAGGAGCUGGAGGAGCUGCAGAGCAACAGAGAGAAUGAGUUCUACAGCAAACUGGCCAAGCUGCACCUGGAGAAAUACAACUUCCCUGUGGAGAUGAUCAUCUGCCUCCCCAAUGGCACGGUGAUCCACCACAUCAAUGCCAACUAUUUCCUGGACAUUACUUCCAUGAAGCCUGAAGAUGUUGAAAGCAGCAUCUUUAGUUUCUCAAGCAAUUUUGAAGACCCUUCAACAGCAACUUACCUCCAGUUCCUGAAGGAAGGGCUGCACAGAGCAAAACCCUACCUGCAGCCCUAAAACCGGGCACCUGAAUGCCCCCCUGAGAUGGCCAAAGACUUCAGAGAUCUAUUUUGGUUACAGCAAAUCCUCCUCGUGCCCGUGCCAGACGUUGGUGUUGAGCUGCAGGCGGUCCCAGGCCGGGGCUGUGCUCUGGAGCUUGGUUUGAGCCCGAGUUCCAGUUCCCACAGCCCGCCCUUCUCCGUUCAGGCACAUUUCUACAGCAGUGCAAAUACUUGAAUCCCUCCCAGCGCCCCUCCUGGGCGUGCCAGCCACCCUCCCUCCUCUGCAGAGCUGCUGAGCCUGGUGGGACUGUGCAAGCCCAGAGCUGCUGCUUGCCGGGCCCUGCUGCGUGCAGGGAGCAGCGCUGCCACUGUGACCACUGAGGACAGAGCCAGCAGCCCUGGGCAGCUCCCUGCUCCCCCCGGGGCGUCCCGGGCAGCUCUGGACACUGACGGUGACAAUCUGGGUGACAGGACUGUGGCAGCCCCCAGUGCCCUGUGUGAUCUGGUGGCCUGGCUCAGGCAGGGUCUGUGUCCCAAGGGUGGCACCAGGGCAUCAGAGGGGUCAGGUGAGGAUCAGCUUGAGCCCCCAGGAGCUCCCCCAGGCUAAAGGACACAGCAGUGAGCAGUGUCCCACCCAUCCCUCCCUGCCAGGGCUCCCUCCCCAGCAGCUCUGGGAGCUUCUCCCUGGGUCCCCUUGGAGCUGCUGCUCUGUCCCUGUCUGCUUUGGGCUUCCAGCUGGUGCUGGGUGAGGAACCAUGAAGCUCCCUCUGGGAACUGCCCCGAGAUCCUCACCUGGGCGAGGACUGGGCAGUUCUGAAAGCCAGAAGUACAAGAAGGUAUUUUCAGGAAUUUUUUCCAAAGAGAUUGUCCAGACACAAAGCCAUUUUCCCUUACCUGGAGCCACCCGGAGCAGCUGCUCCUGCUCUGUGCCAAUGCCUGCGCACGGAACGAGCAUCACUUUGUAAUUUGGAGAAGGAAAGGUUAAGUGAAACGGGUUUCAAGGCAUAUUGCCACAGACGUGUGAGGGGACAGAGCAUCCUCAGUAGCUGCCUGCACCCAGCCCUGGCUGGUGAUGCUUUUUCUGCUCUCUGAAGCACAAUUUUGUUGGACCAAAUUAAGGGAAAAGCCUUUUUUUUUUUUUUCCUUUAUUUUUUUCCUGCCCAGGUAUUUUCAGUCCUGGGAGGAGCCUGGGGGUGGCAAUCACCCUGUCCCCUCCCUGCCCCAGUGUCCAUACCCGAGUCUGGGGACUGAGCUAGCUGCACCUCCGGGCUGAACCAGUGCCACUCCACUAAUUGCUCUAGUGAGCUGAAUUAAUGACCCCGGGCUGGCUCUCGGCGCUGGCUUUGUAACUAUGCAUUAGCUCUGCACUUUCUCACUGCCCGGUGGGACAGGCUGGGGUCUGGCCGUGCCACAGUUCCUGUCACCCUCGGGGCGCUCCCAUCCCUGCAGGGCUCCAUCCUCGGGAUCCCCCAGUCGCUGUUUGUUCUCUCCUGAGCUCCCCGCAGCCACCUGCGAGCGCUCUCGGAUGAGCCUGGACGGUGGCAGGGGCACCCCAAAGCCACCCCCCAGCCGGGGGGCUCCCGCGGGGUCACAGCCCGUGUCCCGGUCCCCUGUCCCCUGUCCCCGCCGGGCUGCGGGCAGGGGCUGCCCCGGUCCGUGCCGAGCGUUCUCCGUUGCCUCCGCGCGUUGUCCCGGUUGCAGCGGGUCCCGCCGCCGGCCCUGCCGCGCCUGGUGACGCCCUGGCCCCAAAGCGCGGCGGGCCCGGGCCGAUGGCGGCCGGAGGGGCGGCGGAGCGGCCCCGGUAAAAGCAUCCGAGCAUCCUCA